AUGAAUAGCACACCAUUCCCAUAUGCGCGACAUAUCGACUUUGAUGAUUGUUUCUACAACAUAUAUUGUUUUUCUGUUUUUACAGAUGUCAUCCAAGUAUGGGCACAGAUUCUAAUGAGCGCCAUCAUUCAGGUUCGAGUAAGUACUUUUAAACUAUUAUUGACGAUAGUGUGUCUGUGUGGUAGUUGGUGAUGUGGCAGUGGCAAAGUGUAUAUAAUAUAGCCAAGACCUUGGCUGUCCAAAUUAAGGAUUUGACUUUCAUUAUGACAUGUAUAUUCACGUAGAGGUCAGUGGCGUAGGUAGGUUUGCAGGGUCAAUGGCAUGCUCCCCCGAAUCUUUAAAAUCCAGGAUCUCUAGAAUGCUAUUUUCUACAUAGUUCCGAAACAGCCAUUUAAGAAAUAGGACGCUAACAUUUACACAGGACGAAAAUAUGAAAAUGUUAUGCAAUUGUACUGGUCUGAAUUUUGCCAAAUAUGGGGGGGGAGAGAAGGGCGAGCAACAACUUUUCACGGGAGACAACCUCCCAGCUCCCUUCUGGCUAAGAAGCGUCGAAUCUCUUCAGGUGGUGCUAUUACACUUGCUCCCCUGGCAAUAGUUUGUGUGAAUCGUGAUUACUAAGGGAAAUCACGAAUGAAUGACAUCCAAUUUAUAGUAAGAACUUGUAUGAUAGGUUCACAUCUCGUAUAAGCGUUCUUCUAGUUCUAGUGUUAACCAGAGCGGGAAGAAAUCGAAAUUGACACCAUGUUUUCAUGCGAGACUCAGAAAUAGUUGCGGAAUGACCACACAAAGCAGUCUGAGAAAUUUUUAACCCAGUGUAGCAGCGAUAAGAGGCGACACUAUGAGUAUGAACGAGAUAUAAACAGUCCCAGGCCAUUGCGUUUAAAAUUGGUCUAUCAAGGAGAGCGAAAUCUCUUAGGGCCUUCACAGACUAGGAAUUCCAUCGUCCUUGGCCUAACAACAAGUGUGUGGAACGUCACACAUGCGUGUAAUUAUAUACAACAUGAUCACACCCACUCAACCAAUCAGAAUCCAGUAUUCGUAUGCUCUAUAUCCCACAAACUGUCUCCUAGCGAGUCUAGAUAGAUAGAUAGAUAUUUUAGAUAGAUAUUUUAUUAAAAUAGAUCAUUGCAGCCCCGAAAGCUGAAUUACGAUCAUUUUUACAAUACUGAUUCUAGCAAACUAUCAUAUAAACUUUAAAAUUUAACUUAUUAGUUCUGUUCGGUAUUUUUAUAAAAACUCUAAAAUAUUAAUAUUAAGACUACUAAUGUACAUUAGUUCAACUUCUAAGAAUAGUCGAAUCUAUUGUUAUUAUUUACGUUAAUAAUAAUUAUAAGAAUUAUUCAUUAUAAAACUAUUCUUCAAUCUGUUUGUUUUGACAAUUGGUAAUUGGAAGAAACGUUUUCGCCUAGUACCAAUAUUACUAUUGUUUCUGGGUGGUAACAGAUUAUGUAGUUUAUGAUUUUCGUUCCAUAUAACUCAUAUAUAUAGAUAAAAACAUAAAAUAAAAAAAUACUUCCCAAAAAUGUGAAGUUUCAUUUUCGUUCUAUAUAACUCAUAUAUAGUUAUUUAGUUCUAUAUAACUCAUAUAUAUAGAAAUUAUUCAGUUCGUGUAUGUAAAAGGUAAAAUGGCUUGGUAAAAUUAUUACACUAUCUGAAAGAGUAGGCCAUAUUUCAAGCUCUUCUGUCACUGAUUUAAGGUACCGUUUGUGCUCAAGUACAGGUAGCUGUUGAGCGAAAAACAACAAUAUCAACAAGAUUGUACAGUACUUCGUUAUGUACUUGAGUACUAUUUUUGAGAAGUUAGCAUGUAACAAAGUAAACUUUUUCUGGGGUACUUUUAAUUGGAACGAAGUCGUUUUAAGAAGUAACGUUUUACUUCGUUAUUUUCAUUUUGUGGCGAAGUAUUUCGUUACUUUCUCACAUUUGUUUAAUUUUACGUGAUUUAUUCCCGAUUUAUUUUAAUUUUGGGAUAGGUAAUAGGACCUCUAGAUGCGUCUGGGAUUUCUCGUUUGUGGCUUACUUAACUUCAAUGGGGUCUGGAAAGUAGAUCAUGGCGUGAAAUAUUGUAUAUUAUGGUGCGCACGCAUAUAAUGCGUGUGCUGUUUUGUGUCUUUUAAUAAUUUUGUAUGUCAAUCCAUUGGAGAAGUCCCCCCCCCCCCUACACGCUAUAGACAAUAGUACUUUUACUUUGUACUUCAAGUAUUUUUUAAGGAUACUUUGUACUUUUUACUUAAGUACGUUUUGCCUCCAGUACUUUUUACUUAAUUACUUCUACUUUUACUCGAGUACAAAUUCAAAGUAAUUUAGGCACCACUGGACACCAUAUACUAUCGUAAAAAAUUGUGUAUAUAUGCGCAGACUGAAUAAUAGGUAAAAUGGGGAAGUAUACCUUUGGACAGAUAUGAUAUCGCAUAUAGGUCAUGACUAUUAAUUAUUUAUUUCUACAGAAAGAAGAUGAAACUAAUGUAACUCAAGAUCCUGGUGGUGAUAUGUUUGAACCUGAUAAGAAGGUAUUGUUACAAUUAAGUUUGAACCUGAUAAAAAAGUUAUUGUUACAUUUACUCUGGUCCCACUGUUCAGGAAGAUGGGAUUUUCGUCGUUGUUGUUUUAAUAAUUACAUACCACUAUACAAGUAGUUCCCAGGCUCUUUGCAUAGAGGAAAGAACCUGGGAACAGGUUGCUUAGAGUGCCUAUCUCCGAAAUUGUGUAUACUAUAUUCGGUUACGAAAAUGACCAAAAGCAACAUUUUUCUAUGCAAGUGUAGCUUUGUUCUCCAGUGUGGGACAAUAGUGAGUCCGUUCAGUUUUUUCCAGGAAUUUGUCAAAAGUAUUUAGCAAUGUAGUCUUUUUACCUUAGAAUGGAUUAGUUCUAAAAUUAUUGAAUUAUGGUUAAGUGUUGCGGUUUUGAAUUAUAUCUUUGCUUUUAGGGUUACCUAAAGAAGCAGGGAAACAAUGUUGUUAUUGAUUGGAAAAAGAGGUCUGUACAAGCAGGUUCAUGAAAAAUAGCAUCAGAUUUAAUUCGCAUCAACCUGUUAUCAUUAUCUAGUGUAAACACUGAACAGUGAAUGUUUUGAAGGUAGCGAAUUUAUGUAAAUACAUGUAAUCAUCGAAAGAGUUCAACAAACAAAAUUUCUCGGAAUAACUCUUCACCAGAAUUUGUCAUGGACCGCACAUAUUAACGCCAUCAACUCUAAAGUAUCGAAAACAAUAGGAAUACUUUAUAAAGCUAGACAGUACCUUGCGAUAUCGACCCUUCGCUUGCUAUACAACUCUCUCAUCUUGCCCUAUUUACAAUAUUGUACUAUUGUAUGGGCAUCAACUUAUAAGACUCAUCUAAACCGUUUAUUUCUUUAUCAAAAACGGGCUGUUCAUAUUAUCUCUCAUUCAUGCACCACCUCUAGCGCAUUCUCGUCCUUUAUUUAAUCAAAUGAAAAUAUUAAAUAUAUUUGAAAUAUUUAGUUUCAAGUAAGUUGCUUCAUCUUUCAACAUAAUAACAACCUCUUGCCACAACCUAUUGCUUCACUUUUUACUGUAAACAGUGAAAUGCAUCAUCACAAUACUAGACAAAAACAUAAUUUCCAUUUCACAUUUAAUAAAUUAUCAUUUUCAAUCAGAUCCCAAGGUCCAAAAAUUUGGAACGCAAUUCCGUAUACUCUUCGUAAUUCGCUAAAAUAUUUUAAUUAUAAGCGUAUUUUGAAGGAUUACUACUUGUCUCAAGCUUAUUAACUGUAUUAACCAACAACUGAUAUUCUUUGUUGUUUUAUUGUCAUUUGGCACUUUGAUAUUUUCUACCCAGUGUUUCGUAUUUAAUAAUUGUUCACUUCCCUUCUAAUUAUUACUAUAACUGUAAUCAUGUAAUCAGGAAAUUUGGCUGUCCAUCUAUAUAGCCAUAUAAGCCUUUGCCUAACGUGUAAUUUAAUUAUUCAUGAAUAAAGAUCAUUAUUAUUAUUAUUAUUAUAAUGUUAUCCCAAAGUGCACCUAACCUCAAUUCUUUUUAUCAUUUCAUUCUUAAGAACUUCUGAAAUGAUAUAGUAACUUAUUUUGAAGAUUUUCGUUUGCUCACUUUGUUUCUGAGAUAUUUCAGUUUGUUUGGUAUGCAAAUAUCUGGAAUUUACGUCACAAAUGCAUAAUGACUUAAAGUAAAAGCUUGUACAUGUAUAUCGUAUUCAUUAAAAUAAAGUUUGGAGUUGUGGGAGCCUUUUUAUUUCAUGAUAUUUAACUGUACCUUACAUUCUUUGAUCAGUCAUUAUUCAUAUGUGACGUAAAUUCCGGACAUUUGCAUGGAGACAAAGUGUGCAAACGAAAAUCUCAGUCAAAAUAAGUUCAUUUCAAAUAUCAAAUAUCAUUUUAAAUAUCAUUUCAGGCUCUUAGGAAUGAGAUGUUAGAAGAAUCGAGGUUAGGUGCACUUUAAAGAAGGAUGAACCAUAUAUUCACGAGUGAUUUUCCGGGCUGGAAACAUAUUCUUACGAUGAAAAUAAGAGCCCAUAGAAAAGUCAUUCAUGGCUCUAUUUAAAGUAUUAUAUUGGGUUCUUAUGUGCUAACCAUAUUAUGUGCUAAGCUUCGAAGCAGUGCCUUCCUCAAAUGACUGGUUCCAUAACACCUUGAAUAUAUGAAACUACCUCAUAUAACCCUUCAGGAUUCAGCUACAAGGUUAUUUCGGUUCAUAGGGAAUAAGGGCGGGACAGCUAUAAUCAAAUGAACAUGUUGAAUUAUUUCAAAAUUAUGUAGGUACGUCGCGGUGAAAGAUGGAAUGUUGGCAUAUUACCACAACUCCGAGGUUGGUAUACAUGCAACCUGGUUCGUAUAGUAUAGGAAUUGAAUAGGAUAAACAUGCAGUUCAAAUAUCGAGAUUAAAACAUACGAACUUGCUGUAAGAUGAUCAGUAUUCUGUUAUAAAAUGCACGUUAUUACUGGUUGUAUAAUUUUUUUUCUUCAAUUAAUCUUGCCCAAGUUUAUAUAAUGUAAUGAAGUACAUUGUAAACAGUUAAAGAAUAUUAUGCAUGCAAAUACAGUUCAUCGUUAUGUAGGAAUUCCCACUUUUAUGGAAACAAAAUCCAUCCAAACAAAUAUGGCCUACAGCAUUUGCGCAAAAGACUUGCAAGAUUAUAUUCGUAUAUGAUCAAGCAUCUAUAUAUAGUGAUAAUUAUUUUUAUUAAUAAUAUUAUAUAUUUAUUAAUUAAACUAUUAAUUUUAAUUUCUCGGUUAGGACUUCAUAGUUGCUAGUCCGAUCAAUACGAUUCAGAUGAAUAUUGCUUCUGUCAGAGUGGAUCCCAAAUCUCCAACUCGUUUUCAACUUGUCACGCCGCACAGGACGUACCUGUAAGUCCUGUGUAUUUGUUCUUACCAUUGGAUAAACAUGCACAUGUAGUCUGUAUAGUUUCCACCAUAUUCAGGAAGGUGAACACAACAUUUCUAAAGUCCGAUUGCUGAACUAAGGUAUUUUGGCUCAUCCAUUUGCUUUGGCCUAUACAGUUUGGAAGUGUAAGCAAAUUUUGAUGUGACGUAGCCGUAUAGGCCUGACUAGCUUGGCCUGCAGAAAAACUGGAUGCACUACGAUCGUUCGUUAGCUUAGGCUACUGUACUAUAGCAAGAGAUUCUCAGGAGCUGUAUCUCAAAGUGGACAUUUUAAAUACAAAAUGGUGGAAUAAUUUCUCGAAAAUUAUUUUAGGCCGAUCUCCUAUUAUAUAUUUUAUGCUCAUUAUUCUAACUUUGUUUUCUUUCCCAAGAUUUCAGUGCGAGGAUGAGGAAGAGCUACAUUCUUGGAUUGCUGCUCUGGAGAAAGCCAUACAAAUGGCACUUAGUGACAGAACGGUAAUGUCUCAAUAAUGUCCAACCGUG